AUGAGCUCGCACGCCGGCCAAGCUUGCCUGCCGGUGAAUCUGGAACUUCCUGGCAGUUUGCUCUUCAUUCAGCUUCUGAAUCAUGCCACCCAAGCUGUUGCCACACCCUUGAUCAAAGAUCUCAAGGAGGGUAUUCAGCGAUCCGCCAUCCAGCUCCUCUCAGACGUGGUCCAGCUGCGACAAGUGAUUCGUGCCGCUCUACCGCCUGCAGCUCUACAGCAGCUUCAAGAUGGCCUACCACUGUAUCUCACCAUUGUCGCCCCCGGCGGAUACGAAUUUGUCGUCGCGUUCCUCGCCGUUCUUAGCCUUGGAGCAGUUGCAAGCCCUAUCAGUCAUCUCUGCCCGCUGAAAGAAGCCUGCUACUAUGUCCAAAAGGCCCAGUGCCGAGCAGUUAUCGCGGCGACCACUUCACUCAAACAAGCUCAGGCUCUGGCCCGUGAGACUUCCAAAACCACAGACCCAAGUUUCACAUGUAUCCCAGUCCAGCAGAGCUUGGGGUUGCAGGAGUUCCACUGGUCUCAAUUCACGAUCGAGAAUCGUUUUCGCGAUCCAAAUGCGCCCGGGCUUGUGAUAUUCACUUCCGGUACGACAGGUCCUCCGAAGGCUGCUGUCAUCCGUGUAGGCUCUUUGGAUCAAGGGACGAUUACACUGGCAGAUCAACUCAAGGUUACGAGGUCUGAUUCCAUGCUUCACGUCCUCCCUGUCCACCAUGCCACGGGGAUCUGGAUCUCUCUGCUUCCUUUCCUGCUGCGAGGCGCUUGCGUGCAUUUCAAGUCUGGCACUUUCGAUUCUCAGUGGACAUGGGAUUACUUCAAGCGGCGCAAAGUCACCCAUUUCUCUGGCGUCCCAACCAUUUACAUGCGGAUGAUGCAUCACUAUCAAGCCAGUCUAGCCAAGCUACCAGGGGGAGAACGGGACCAGUAUAUAGCCAGUACCGCUCAGAUGAAAGCCUGUCUGUGUGGCACUUCCGCCUUACCGAGGCCGGUCGAUGAAUUCUGGAUGUCCAUGCUAGGCGGCAAGCGUAUCGUCCAACGGUACGGUUCAACCGAGGCUGGCAUGGUGUUGACUAUGCCCUGUGAUCCUCUAGAGCAACGUGAAAUACCUCUUGGAUCUGUCGGCUGUGCAGCACCAGGUGUCGAUGUCAAACUCUCAGAAGGAACGACUGGAGAGGUCCUAGUGAAGUCCUACAACGCAUUCCUAGGGUUUCUGAAUGACCCUGAGUCGACGGCCAAAGCACACGACCCGGACGGCUACUACGUCUCGGGAGAUCUUGCCCAAAGGUGUGGCAACUACUUUUCCAUCCUCGGGCGCGCGUCUGUUGACAUCCUCAAGUCGGGUGGGUACAAGGUAUCCGCCCUCGACAUCGAGCGAGAAAUAUUGUCUCUCCCAUACAUCAAGGAAGUUUCCGUCGUCGGGGUACCUGAUGAUGAAUUUGGUCAAAGAAUUGGCGCCGUGGUGCAGCUGCGAAGUGAUCAGGACAUCGAGAAUCUGAAACUUGAUGACUUGAGGGCCGAUCUGCGCAAGAACUUGGCCGGAUACAAGCUUCCAACUCUGCUCAGAGUCAUCGAUACCGAGUUGCCCAAGAGCGUGACCAACAAAGUCGUCAAGAAAACACUGGGCCCGCUCUACUUCCCUGAAAAUUAUCGCUCCAUCCCCGAGGUCCAGGUGUGGAAGCCCACAAGCAAGUUAUAA